GGGCGAUGACGACAUGGCCUAGGACGUCGAUCGAGGACUCGCAAGUGUCUACACCAACCAAGCAACACUCACACUGCACACCUGCUUCAUACAUCCCAUCAUCCACACAAGUUCCAACCUUCUCCUUCCUUCCUAUCAUCAAGAUGGCAAGAAGAUAUGACUCGCGUACCACGAUCUUCUCGCCAGAGGGGAGAUUAUAUCAAGUAGAAUAUGCCAUGGAAGCGAUCAACCAUGCCGGGACGGUGAUUGGGAUCCUGGCCUCUGGAGCAGCAGCCCCGGCACCUACGGGCGAAGACCCCAAAACGACGACGACGACCGGCUCGGAGGAUGUGGCGAUGUCGGAUGCCAGUCCGGCGGCUACGAAGCCUGUCGAGCCCGUCGCCAUCAAGAAAGGAAAGAGACGGACUGGGAUCGUGCUUGCCGCUGAGAAAAAAGUGACCAGCAAAUUGUUGGAGAAAGAGGAAGGAACCGGAGAGAAGAUCUUCUUGAUCAACGGAAACUUAUUAUCGGGAGUUGCAGGCUACACGGCCGAUGCCAAUUCUUUAGUGAACUACUCGCGUAACGUUGCCCAAGGACAUUUGAUGUCUUACGAUACUGACAUGCCUGUAGAACAAAUGGUCAAAAGACUCUGUGAUUUGAAGCAAGGCUACACUCAAUUUGGAGGACAGCGUCCGUUUGGUGUUUCUUUUCUGAUUGCCGGAUACGAUCCUCAUCAUCAAUUCCAAUUAUAUUCAACCGAUCCAUCCGGAAACUACGCCGCUUGGAAAGCAACCUGUAUCGGAAAUGGGAACUCAACCGCAACCUCUUUACUCCGACAAGACUACAAGGAUUCGAUGGAUCUAGACGAAGCGAUCGUUCUGGCACUAAAAGUGCUCAGCAAGACGAUGGAUGACACAAGUCUCAGCUCGGAUCGAGUCGAGUUCGCGGUGAUCUCUACUGAUGAAGAGACCGACCAACCUCAUGUACGGAUCUAUAAACCGGCGGAAAUCGACGAGCUUUUGAAGGCUCAAGGGUUGACCAAGGUCCCAGAGUCAGAAACAGCCAUGAAAUCGUAACCGAUUCAUCCCCUCUCUGUAACCUCCUCUAAUUCUUCCCUGAUAUUUUUUUAAAAAAAAAAAGAUGUGUGAAACAAAAAAAAAUGAAGAACAGAAAACAAAGAAAAUGAUGGGGUUAGGUUAUGUAAUAAUAUUUUCGAGUUGUUGUUGUUGAGAGGUU